AUCGUGAACGCUUACCGAUGGAGUCAGGUGGUCAAAACAAUCAAACAGAAUAAUUGUGAUCGACUCGUUUGAAAUAGUUAAAAGAUCAUUAUAUAUCUCAGAAAGAGACUGAUUAUACCAGAAAUUAACACAGAUCACAAAAUCAACACAAAAGUUUGAACCAUACAUCGUAUUAGUAAUACUCCGAUUUCACCUCGCUCACGCAUAUACAAAAGACAAUGUCAUACAACUUCAGAGAUCGAGCAGAUUCGUUCGAUUUCCCGACCACCACUCAAGCUGACUUCCACCAACAACAGCAAAUGACCAAAGUUCAAAUAUUCGAACGCGUGUACUACCGAGGCACCGGCCAAUAUCUCAUUAGCUUGAAGCGAGAAUUGUCGGUGUUUUACGACAUCCUAUUCACAUACGCCACAUUAUUGAAGAAGAUACCACCGCUUCGUGAUGUCGAUCUGUUGGCCAUCACCGCCAAGAUCUACAUGGAGUCGCUAGAGAAGGAUUUCAAUGAUGCCAUUACUCCGAAGAACAUGGCCAGAUGGGACCAGCGGGGGAUUGACCAAGACAUCAAGGAAGUGACGUUAUUAUUGCUAGAUGCCGCGGUUGAAGGUCUUGAGCUUACCAACAAAUCGAUAAAUUGCACUCACUUGUUGUUUGAAAACUUCAGUAACCUUAGCGGGUUGGCAAUUCCCGAAGCAUUGAACAAGAGCAGGGCAGUAUUGCAUUCGGUUACGCGAGUAAGAAACCAGCUUCGGUUAGUCCAGCAUUGGUCCGGGACCGACGAAGAGUUGAUUUAUUUAGAAGAAGCAAGCCAACGGUUAAUUGGCGAACAAAGAGUUCUUCGUGAUGCAUUUUUAGUCCUUGAAGGAAGUUUGAUACGAUAUUUCCUUCGAGUUAUCGCCAAGAAUUUCCAUACUGACGAAAUCACCGUGGAGGAUUGCACGUUUAUAUACCGAAGACAACUUCUUCUGGUGGUGCAAUAUCAAUGCAUUGUCAUCCCAUUUGAUACCGAGCAAGAACACCAAGAAAGUAAAAACAAGUAUAUGAAUACUGGGAUCAUAUUAAUUCUUGCAUUUGGGUUAUUAAUGAGUUUUGCAUGUUUACGAUUAUAUGACUUGGUGACUUCCAGAUAGAUAGAUAUGGGUAGUAUAACUUAAUUAUAGUUUAGAUUGUGUAUAGAAGGUGCUACCGUAUUGAAUUAGAGUGUCUUUU